CUGACCUGGCGCUUCGAGUCAAUCAGCCUCGGUCGUUCCAUCAUCGGAGCCCUCUGAUGCGAGGAAGGGAAAGCAGAGGCACGCGAGGGGUGGGUGCGAUGUUCGCAGCAGCGUCAUCCUCAUCGUAUCACCCGGCGGAGGACCAGCAGGCCGCUGCUGGCGCUGCUGGUACCGGCACAUGGCCAAACGCAGUGGUGUUUGACCAACACCACCAGGUGGGGAAUGGAGGGCCAUCCAGAGGGCGAAUGGAGGGCCAUCGAGAGGGCCAUCGAGAUGUGCGCUGUCUUGUUGCGGGUGUGUGCGUGUCUGCACAGAUGAUGCCAGCGUCCUCGUACGGUCAGCAGCAGUUGAUUAUCCCACGGUAAGCGACACCGCACACAUGUCCGUAGUGUGGUGCGUGUUUGUCCAUGGCGAUGUAUCUGUCUGUCUGUCGCGUGCAGGCCCCUCUUGCCAACGCUCUCAACCCCAGAGGUAGGUAUGCCUGGCCAGUACCAUUGAUCAGAAGCUGCCCGGUCGGUCGACCGACGAUGGGUUCGAUGUGCGGCGUUGGUGACAUCCAUCAGAUGCCGGCCCAUCUUGGUCAACUGUUUCAGUCCUGGGUGUCGUCAUCCGGCUUCCUCGCCAUGGACGCCUGGCACGUCGACCCACAAACACACGAGUGCCGAUACCUCAGAGAGUGAGCACAGCACCGCCUCCGCCACCAGGAGAGGGCGACAAUCAAUGAGUGGCGACAUGUGGCUUGUGUUGCGUCAGGUGUCACAUCGAGGCUCGGCCAGAGUUGGUGCCGUGGAUGGUCGAGUCGUGUGGAUUCGUAUUCAACAGGGGAGAGGUGAGUGAAUGAAUGGGUCACCGGAGGGCUGGGACACACAGACAUACACACAGAAACAGGCAAGCCGCCAACGCCGCUGGUGUGUGUGUUGAUGUGUUGCAGGGCAUGCCAGGUCGUGUGACGGCCACUUGCCAGACAGAAUACUCGCCGCACCUGCCCUACUCACACCAAGUCACUACACUGCACACAGAACCCAUCACACACACACACACACACACCUCAUACCCUUGUUCUUGUUUCGUGUGCGCCAGAACGGUCGUCCCUUUCUGCGAUACAAGAUGGCCUGCAAGCUGGGCAUCACAUCGGCACUCGGCAUCCCACUGGUGGACCGCUCGGCCAAGGUGCGAUUCGUCGUCGCCUUCUACGGCGGACCCAAUGCCGCCUCGGCACAGAGGUGUGUAAGGGGACCGACACAUGAGGCUGGCCGUUGAUGGAUUCAUUCAUUCACCUGUCUGUGCAUGUGUAUGCAGCGAUGUGUCGAGUGUGGUCCGGGCUGUGCAGUCCCACCCACAGCUCGGUGACUGGCUCGCUGUGGCUGCUGGUGAGCAACAGACAGACAGAAAGACCAUAGGGCGACAGACAACUAGUGCCGACCGAACUCCCUCUGUUGUGUCCAUUCAUUCUUGCAGACCACUGUCCCAACAGGAGCCGAAAACGGCUCCCCGUGGCCAGAGAGGUACCUGACCACCGACACACACAGAAACACAGAGACACAUGUGCCGGCCAUGCCCACGGAGUAAUGUCCUUGUAUCUGUUCAGUCACAUGGUUCGGUGGACUCUGACGACGAUAGUGGUCCGAAGCGGCGGCGUGGCGGGGGCGGGGACACCCGCCCUGCCGCCAGCGGCAAGUGUCCACACAAAGGGGACGAGUGCUGCGAUUGCAGCCAAUGCCUCAGGUGAGAGAGGUACAUACAUACACACAUGCAGCUCCUUGGUCAUGUCAUGGAUGUCGGUGUACUCGUGUCUUGGCUGGCCUGCCUGCCUCUUGUGUGCGUGCAGGAUCCGUCGCAAUCGCGAGUACAGCCGUCGGGAGCAGCGGCGACGGAGGGAGGCGCUCGAGGCGGUCGGGCCGCUCAGGGCGGCACUGCAUGCCGUCGAGGAGAAACUCGAGGCCAAGGACGCAGAACUGAGACAAAAGGUAUAUACUCACAACCAAACACACCCAUUCACGCUGACAGACCACACGUCACUCUUUCUUCCCCUUAUAUGUGCUGUCCACAGUCUCAGGAGAUCGCGAUGCUGCACCAGUUCUUGGGAAGACUGCAGCAGCAGCACCAGCCUCAGCCUCAGCCAGCAGCGGCCACCAACACGCAGAUCGGGCAGGACUUCCUCACUCCCUCACCAAUCGUCGAGUCCCUCCUGUCCGACACCCAAUUCUACGCCACACCCUCACCAGCCCCAUCACCAGCAGCGCCACCGCCGGCAGACCUGUUCAAUGACGGCAGCAAGAUCGUCGAUGUGACCGAUCUCGACCUGGACACCACCGAGCGGCGAUGGUCAGUGUCGCCGGGCCUGUCACAGGACUGCGUUUCGUCGAGCAGCAGCGACUUGGCGCCACCACUGAUGCUGCCGGGGCUGCUGGCGGGGGCGGGCCAUCUGGGGACGUGACAUCAUUUUUGUGUCGCGAAUAUAUGAAUUUUUUGUCACCCACUCACUCAUUCACUCAUUCACUCAUUCACUCACUCACGUGUAUCCGGCUGCUUUUUUGUGCCAGCUGUGGCGGGCCCGUCGAGAUCGACAAGCCCAUCUGGUUAUUUUGCCAACAAGUGAUUUUUGCUCUCUGGGUUCUCGUCGGUGUAUGAUAUACGGGGGGGGACUGCUGCACACGUGUGUGUAUGUAUACCUGUUUACGGGUGUGUGUAUGUCUGGGUGGGUGGAUGGGAUCGCUUGUGCCUAUGGAUGGAUGUGUCGGCCGGAAUCAUGAUCUUCGGACGGCUGGUGCGUAAGUUGACGGUCGGUCGGUUUGUUGAUUGCGUCUCCUUCUGUGUGCGCCACGUUGUACGGCAUCGUUGAUGGCCCUUCUGCGGUGCGCCAGCGAUGUGCAGCACCAGGAGCGCCGUCGACAGCGCUGUCGAACGUUGCCACACAUGACAGGAAAAGCACUCAGUAAGACAAAGGGAAAAGCGUACCGUUGACAGUCUUUUUCUCGGCCCUGUGUGUGGAGCUGAGCUAAUGGGAGCCAUCGAUGGUUGUCCGUGUGCAUGUCUCUCGCCUUCUUUGUUCCCUUGUGGUUUGUCCAUGCGAUCGCGGCCUUCUUGGCCGGCUACUCGUGUUGACAAUGAGCACGACGUAGGCAGCCUGGUGGGCGUCUGUCGACUGGAUGACCACGAGGUGGAUCAGGACUUGUGAGUGGAGCGGGAGACAUACAGUACGUGUUGCAUGUGUUGGGGCAAAGCGCAG